AUGAUGACUUCCCCUCGAUGGGUGGAUGCUUUGACUCAAGCCCUCAGUUUUCCAGAGAAUGAAUACGAAAACACGUACCAACUUGCUACCGUCGAUGCUGAGAGCAUGCCGCACGUCCGCACCUUCAUGCACCGCGAGAUCCUUCACCCCGACGGAUUCCCAAAUCUCCCGGUUCUGCUCACCACAACGGACGUGCGCACGCCCAAGGUCACACAGAUCUACUGCCACCCAUUCACCGAGCUUGCGUGGUGGAUGUCGGGCUCGCAGGACCAGUUCCGCGUAUUCGGCUCAGUUCGUAUCGUCACCUCUCCCAGAACCCUGUGCCAGGCAGAGACAUAUGAGGAAGGCCUCCUGGCGCUCAGCAAGUUCCAGGAACAGGACUACGAUUGGGAGCGCAAGCGGCUGGAAAUCUUUGAUUCCAUCAGUUCGGACAGGAAGGCGGGGUGGUGCACCCCCCUGCCAGGCAGCGUCAUGCAUUCGUAUGAAGAUGCGAAGAAGUGGCCGCAGACAGUACCGAGGCUGGGCGAGGCGCAGAGCGAGGAGGACAAGCGCAAUCAGGAGCGGGCAUUGGAUAACUUUGCGUUGGUCCUCAUUGAACCUACGGAAGUGGAUUGGACGCAGCUGGGCGUAAAUCCCUGGCGGAGGACGCGGUUCACGAGGAAUGAUGGUGAGUGGAUCGAAGAGAUCAUAGUGGCUUCAUGA